AAACUGAUUUUGAUAUUAGCUUCCCUUGUGAGUGACCCAACGGAUUUUGAAAUUUCUCUAUCCUUAACCCUCCUCUCUCCUUGAGACACACAUACCACAAAGCUGAUUGAUUGUUCUUUUCACUCAACAGUUUUUUUUUUCUCUCUCUCUCUCUCCAAAAAAACUCUUGUACUGAGCUCAGGGCUGGGUGGAGGUGGUUGGCAUUGCACAGAACAAGAGAGAAAAAAAUAAAGAAAACCCAAUUUCUUGUUCUUGUUUUUAUUGCUCUGUUUUCCCUUACAAAUUCAGUCUACCCUCUCUUUUCGGACCCAUUUUGGCUUGUUUUUGUGACUCAACUGGCUUUACGUGAAAGAAGAAGGAGACCCAUCAGAAGGAAGAGAGGGGAAAAGGAAAAGCUGGGUUCUGUGUGAAGUGAUUCGCCUCUCAUUCAUUCAUUGCACCACACAGCAACGAGAGCUGGCUUCUGUCUUGUCACUGCCUCGAUGCUAUUUUGUUUGGACGUUAGAAGUGAACCAUGUUGUUGUCUGAACUAUCUUUUUUCUGAAUUCCCCUCAAAUCCCUGUUGAGAGAGAGAGCCAUUUUUUCUGAUGAUUUGAUAGCUCAGAGGAAGUGGCUAUCUAAAAACCAAUAGAGAAAUCAACUCUCCAUCCAUGUCUUUGAGCAGCAGUGGCGAUACCUGCUUCUUGGGGUGUGAGAAUUGACUUAUAGAGUGUAGAAAUUUCAACGCGGUAAUGAGUCGAGAGCAGAAGCGGGGGAAGCAGGACAAGGGUUCUGAUGAUGUCCAGAAGGUGAUUGUUGCUGUGAAGGCUUCCAAAGAAAUUCCUAAAACUGCAUUGGUUUGGGCGUUGACUCAUGUUGUUCAUAUUGGAGAUUGCAUAACUCUGCUUGUUGUUGUCCCUUCCCAAACCUCUGGUAGAAAAUUCUGGGGUUUUCCAAGAUUUUCCGGUGACUGUGCCAGCGGUCAAAAGAAAGCUCACUCUGGGACAACCUCGGAGCUGAAAUAUGAUAUUAGUGAUACCUGCUCGCAGAUGAUCCUGCAGCUUCAUGAUGUUUAUGAUCCAAAUAAGAUAAAUGUGAAAAUUAAAAUUGUUUCUGGGUCACCUAGUGGGGCUGUAACUGCAGAGGCUAAGAGAGUUCAUGCUUCCUGGGUUGUAUUAGACAAACAGCUCAAACAUGAGGAGAAAUGCUGCAUGGAAGAGUUGCAAUGCAACAUUGUGGUAAUGAAGCGAUCUCAGCCUAAAGUUCUUCGCUUGAACUUGGUUGGGUCUCGAAAAAAGGAACCAGAAGUGCCAUCUUCCUUACCUUUUGAUAUAGAUGAAGGGUCUGAAAGCCAUCACAAAGAACAUAAUGAUCCUCUGGAUUUUAUCCGAGGACCGGUUGUGACCCCCAGUAGCAGUCCAGAGUUGGGCACGCCUUUUACUGCGACUGAAGCUGGAACGUCGUCGGUGUCGAGCUCUGAUCCUGGAACUUCACCAUUUUUCAACUCUGAAAUGAAUGGAGAUAUAAAGAAAGAGGAAUUGUUUGUUAUCAAGGAAAAUAAAGAAGUAGAUGCAGCUAGUUCAGACUUAGAUAUUGAAAAUUUAUCUGUAUCUUCAGGGAGCUUAAGAUUCCAACCAUGGAUGACAGAAUUUCUAAGUUCUUCUCAUCUUCAAUCCUCACAACACAGAACUGGAAGGUCACAGAGAUUUGAUGAUAUGAACCAAAUGUCAACAAGAAAAGCUUUUCAACCAAAGUUUUCGAAACUUGAUCGAGAAGCUCGAAUUGAAAUGUCAAGCCAUAGAAGUGACAAUGAUUAUCAUGGGGACGUUCGAGAUGCAGUUUCGUUAUCCAGGAACUCGCCACCAGGACCCCCUCCAUUAUGUUCAAUAUGUCAACACAAGGCACCAGUUUUUGGGAAGCCUCCAAGGUGGUACAGCUACGCUGAGCUUGAGCUCGCUACAGGUGGAUUUUCACAAGCCAACUUUCUUGCAGAAGGGGGAUAUGGAUCUGUUCACAGAGGGGUACUCCCGGACGGUCAGGUGGUUGCUGUCAAGCAGCACAAACUAGCUAGCUCUCAGGGAGACCAUGAAUUUUGUUCAGAGGUCGAAGUUCUUAGCUGUGCACAACAUCGAAACGUUGUGAUGUUGAUUGGCUUUUGUAUAGAGGAGAAAAAAAGGUUACUGGUUUAUGAGUACAUCUGCAAUGGCUCAUUGGAUUCUCAUUUAUAUGGACGCCAACAAGAGCCAUUAGGAUGGACUGCACGGCAGAAAAUUGCUGUGGGAGCAGCGAGGGGGCUACGAUAUCUCCAUGAAGAAUGUAGAGUAGGUUGCAUUGUUCACCGGGAUAUGCGGCCGAACAACAUUCUUAUCACCCAUGAUUUUGAACCACUGGUUGGAGAUUUUGGCCUUGCGAGGUGGCAGCCUGAUGGCGAUACCGGCGUUGAGACAAGAGUUAUUGGAACAUUUGGGUACUUGGCUCCGGAGUAUGCUCAAAGUGGCCAAAUCACAGAGAAAGCUGAUGUUUAUUCCUUUGGGGUAGUACUGGUGGAGCUAAUCACCGGAAGAAAAGCUGUGGACCUUGGUCGGCCGAAAGGUCAACAGUGUCUCACUGAAUGGGCACGCCCCCUGUUGGAUGAACUUGUGAUUGAUGAACUGAUUGAUCCGAGGUUGGGGAAUAGCUUCACGGAGCAUGAGGUGUACUGCAUGGUGCACGCCGCAUCGUUAUGCAUCCGAAGGGAUCCUAACGCCAGGCCUCGUAUGUCACAGGUUUUACGGAUUCUGGAGGGCGACCUCGUCGUGGAUGCUAAUUACUCGUCAACUCCGGGAUACGAUGUGGGAAAUCGGAGUGGACGGAUGUGGACGGAGCAGCAGCAGCAAAACUACAGUGGCUCCUUAUCAGAAGAGCCCAUAGAGAGGUUCAAUGAAAAGGUGUGUGUUGAGAGUUUAAGACCAAGUUACUGGGAAAGGGACAAGACAAGGAGGACUUCAAGUGAAUUGUAAAAAAGUGGCUAAGGAUUCUUAGAAUAUAUACAAUACUGCACCCUUUUAUAUACUGAAUUUGUACUUCCCCGAUUCAUUGUUUUGGGCAAUUCUUUUUUUCUUCACUAAAAGCUUCUUUUUUGUGUAAGUUCUGUAGGAAAGUUGUGUAAAGGUAAAACCUGUAUGAAGGUGAUCUCCUAACUUCACAUUUGAAUAUGCCUUUUACUUUCUUGCCA